AUGUCCAUCAAAAAAUGGCUUUCUCGGAGCGAAAAACCAGAGAGGAAAAAGAAUGAUCGCGAAGUCUCGAAAGGCGGUGGCACUCCUAAUGGGGUGGGUGGAGAUCAUACCGAUGGCCAUACACAUGAUUCUUUCAAGAUAAGUAGUGCAAAUGCGGCAAUCUCUUCUGUCGAAUCAAAAUUUGAAGCGGCUAAAGAAGUACUUUUGCAUGGGACCCAAGAAUCAGGUUCCGAUUCGACUGCGCAGCAGCAGCUUUUGCAGAAAAAAAGACAAGGAAUGCCGGCUACGAUACAUGAAGAAGUACCUGCUGAUGAUGUGACGGAUUUAAGCUCGAGUUUGCAUUCGUGGGAAGAAUUGUACGAGACGUUCCCGGACAUCCGACCAGUAAUGACGGACCUAAUGCCCUUUGGAGAUGGCUCUAAUAAAGUGUUUGGCUACGAAAACUUUGGUAACACAUGCUAUUGCAAUUCCGUGUUACAAUGUCUAUACCAUUUGCCUGAGCUACGCGUAAACAUUUUGGAGCAACCGGAGCGCCCUUCGGGCGUACGAAGAAGACGGAAAUUCGAAAUGCUUGGCCUGAAGGCGAGAGUUUUCGACGAAAGCAGUUUCGCGAGUUCAAAUGGUUCGAGCGGUAGUAAUGCUAAUAAUAAUAAUGCCAACGGUACCAGUGGAUCCGGAACUGGGAGCAAAAAUGGCAAAACUAACGACAGCGGACAUGCAGACGCGGACUCGAGCUCCAGCGAUACCAAGAAAACCUCCUCCAAUACCUUGAAAGAGAAAGAACAUAGAAAAUCGCAUUCCCACGCUCAGCACAGUGGCGGAUUUGCAACUGCUGGCCAGUCAGCGAAGAGACCACAACCGAUUCACGCCACGGUGAUGGCGGCAGACGCAAUAACGGAGAAACUGCACGAGGGGUACACGCGUAUUGUAGUUGGAAGAGUGCCCCGCCAGAGCAGUACUCAGCAACAGACAACGCCUUCCUCGGAGGCUGCGAACCGCUCGGAAUACACGACUGGCUCGGUGAAUUCGGCGCCCGAGGAAAAAGACAAACCUAAUGAGCCUUCAAGCGAGAAACGUAAAGAGGCUGCGUUGAUUCGGGGUCCCAUUCUUAACGUCGAUCACCCACUUAUCGAUUAUCUCCCUAAAGGGUCUAAACCCUCGAUGUACUCAUGUUUGAAAGAUCUUUUUGAGUGCAUAGCGGAAAACAGAGCAUUCACAGGUGUCGUAUCACCAAUUCAAUUUGUCGAAACAUUGAAGAAGGAAAAUAUUCUCUUCAACACAAUGAUGCAUCAGGAUGCUCACGAGUUUCUCAAUUUUUUACUCAAUGACUUGAGUGAAUUUCUGCAACGUGGGCUUGGCGCUCCUGCCCUACCGAAAGAUAAACAAAUUAGUGAUGAGACCAUCAUAGACAAGUUGUUUAAAGGCACUUUGACCAACCGAACCCAGUGUUUGACUUGUGAUAAUUUCACGUACAGAAAUGAGCCCUUCUUAGACUUCCCCAUCGAAGUUCAAGAGCAUUCAGAAACUGAUAUUCAAGAGGUGCUAUCCGACUUCCGUCAAAAGGAGAUGUUAAAUGGUUCAAAUAAGUUUUACUGCGACGUGUGUUGUAGUCUCCAGGAGGCAGAGAGGGUGGUUGGGAUAAGGAAAUUGCCUUACUAUUUGGCUGUGCAUUUGAAGAGGUUCAAAUAUUCUGAGAAACAAAACUGCAAUGUUAAACUUUUCAACAAGAUAAGGUAUCCGCUUUAUUUGAAGGUUUGCUCGAUGUCAAACUCUUCAAUAUGCAAACGCUAUGAGCUUGUUGGUGUGUUGGUUCAUAUGGGAGGUGGCCCACAUCACGGUCACUAUGUUUCUCUAUGUAAGAGUCCUAAAUUUGGGUGGCUCUUAUACGACGAUGAAACGGUAGAGACAGUUGAUGAGAAAACCGUAUUAAAAUUUAUUGGUGAUUCUGACGAUCUUACAACAGCCUAUCUGCUCUUUUACAGAGACACAGGUUGCGAGAUGAGUUCGACACUUAGACAGAGUGAACAUCCGGAGCUCAGCCGAAAUGCCGAAGAGUUAGUAAAAGCUGAUGAAGCACUUCGGUCGAUUUUCCCGAUGAAUCGAGCUUCUGAAAGUGCAAUCACCUCCAAAGCUCCACUUUGCGAUGGCAGUGAGAAUGCUAAAAGUUCUUCUGGGUCAAACAAGAAAAUUUCGAGGAUAUUCAGUUUCAAACGGUCAACCAAAGACUGA